AUUGCGGUCAGUUCCCCAAGUAUUGACCCCAAAAUCGAACAAAUACGAUGAUGGCACUCUUGGAACGGAUUGUGCUGCUGGUGGCAUUGGCCACUUGCGUAGUUCGAGGCGACGAUGGGUUUUUGACCGAGCCGCAUUACAUCAAAGAGUGUAGGAUAGCCGACAGGGACUUUGUGAACUGCUCGACCCACAGCAUUCAGCAGCUGUUCGACAAGCUGAACGAUGGCAUUCCCGGGCUCACCAGCAUCAAGAGCUUCGACCCCUUCUAUCUCAACCGCAUCCGGAUCACCCAGGGCAACAGCAACGCGAUCAACCUCAAGGUGGAGCUGGCCAACGUGAAGAUCAUUGGGUUCGGGCACACGAAUGUCUUGGAGAGCCAGGUGUUCAAGAAGGACUACAGCUGGAAGACCACCUUCACGCUGCCCGAGAUGAAGCUCCAGGCGGACUACAGCCUGUUCGGCCGCAUCCUGCUCAUCCCCUUGAACGGCAAGGGGCAGGUGUUCCUGGACGCGGAGAACAUGACGGUGACCAUGCACACGAAGACGCGUAUCUACUCCAAGGGCGGCUUCACGUUCUACAACGUGACCAGCCUGCACGUGGACUUCAAGAUGGACGGCCUCAAGUCCUACUUCUCCAACCUGUUCAAUGGCAACAAGCAGCUGGAGGACAGCACCAACAAGUUCUUCAACGACAACUGGCGAAUGCUGGCCGACGCCCUGUACACGGUCAUCACCCAGACCAUCGAGGACAUUCUCCUGGACGUGCUGAAGAAGAUAUUCCACUUCAUUCCGGCCAACUUCUUUGUGGCCGACAUCCCGACGCCGGAGCAGCUCUAUGGAAGGGCCAAGCCAAAGCCGAAAUGAGGAAAUGGUCCGGGAACAUGGGAAUGGGGAUCCGGGGAAAGGUAACGCUGUAGUUCAGCCAAUAAAGUCUGUGGGAAAACUGGAAGCGACCCUUUGCAAUGGAGCAGCCCACAUGGAGGGCUUGCAAAAAGGUUUCCCGAAGGCAUUAGUGUCGGUCAGCUGUUGCCUUAGCCGGAAAGAGUCGUCUGGAAGAAUAAGUGAAAAACUAAUGGCGGCACCUUAAUCAGACAUUGUUCGGCCCAGUCCUGCAAAUAUAUCAGGAUAGACGUCACUCCGCAGACAGUCUGCAAACGAUGACUAGGCCCGCCUCGAUAAAAAGUACACUUGCGUUGCACAAAUGCAUUCUGCAAAUAAAGCCGUUAUCCGCGAACUGGGGAGGGGAUGGGGAUUCCCCUGCGGGCAACCGCACAUAUGGCAAAGUCAAAACCGGAACCAGACCCAGAACUAAAGGCGGAGCCGCGUGUUCGAAUUAAUUGCCGCAAAAACAGUCCCAGACCCCAAAUUAAUUUACAUUUUUUAUGCAUGCUUUUUUCGGCCAUGGCGCUUGUAGCCUGCCAAUAAUUUGCUGCAACUGCUGAUGCUGCAGCCGCAAUUAAAACGUUUGGCGCAGCGGCAACCAUUACAAAUGCCGAACAAUUAGUUUAAAUUUAAUGCGCAUUGCGUUUCGCCAUUUUAGUUGCAAAAUUCUGCGGUUUCCGCCGCCCUUCCCUCCCUCCCUAACCUUCGAGUUUUCCUUUUUUCCGACUGCGAGACGGCCAAAACCAAAGCGACAAAUCCCGUGCGUGAUUGCAAUAAAUUCGCUGGCUCCUGGACCGAAGGCAGCCCCGAAAUGCAGUUUGCACACAAGGUAAACAAACAACAGCACGAUUCGGGCCACAAAGUAUGGAGGGCACCCCGAAAAGGACCACCAGUUGACAAUGGGCAGAGCAGAAAAAGCCAGAAGACAAACACGGAGGAAAAACUAUCCCGGAGUGGGGUGUGCGGGUCCGAAGUGCGGAAUCAGUCGCCGUCGCCGAAAGUAUUUCAAUAUUC